AUGACUGGCCGCGAAAAGCGUCGUCAGAUAGUGACCAAUAUUUUCUUCGACAGAAUCAUCCAUCCAACAGCUGUCUGCUGGUACGAUGAAGGAAGUUGCAUCUACAGUACUAGCAUUCUGAGCGAAACAUAUCCAGUCGUUCAUGAACACGAAGAUCAAGGAAACCGAUAUCGACUAACUAUCAAUAGUCAGUCAGCAACAAGUAGUACAAAUGAUUUGGACCAAUCGUCGAUUCGAAUUAUUGAAACGCUGAUUAAACAAGCGUUAAAGGAACAAUUCAAAUGUAUUGGUUCAGUUUUCUAUCAAUGGGAUGAACAAGCCGAGCCCGAUGGACUCUAUGACAUUCUUGUCGGAUUUCGACAGGCGUUGUGUCUUACUGAGUCAGAUGUGACUUUGAAUGUGGACACGACAAAAACUCGAUUCUAUCCACAUUCAGAUCUUUUGGAUUUCAUUUGGAACAGAUGGAUGAAACAGACGCGCCAAUUUUCGGGACAUCUGCCCGACGACGUGUACUAUCAAAUAAGCAAUUUUUUAAAGGGCGUCGAAAUCACAACUUAUCAAUCAGAUAACCAACGCACGUAUGUUUUAACUGGUGAAUAUUCGGAUGUACUUCCAGAACAAAUUGUCGUUCGUGAACAAAAUCUUUUGGCUUAUUACAGAGGUCUUGGCUUUGAACUUCGCUAUCCCAAUUUGUACUGUUUGAAGGCACACAAACCAAAUAAUCCGAACUAUAUAGUUGAUCUUCCGAUUGAACUUUGUCAGUUUCGAGAAUGGCAACCAGCUAAAGAAGAUGAAAACGUUAAACCUGUUCCUGCGCCACCAGCCGACGAGCGUUUUCGUUCGAUUUUGCGACUCGUUCAGAGCUGCAAUUUUCGUGAUGGCAGAUUGUUUCAAGAAAUUCAAUUUAAUGUUGGAUGUGCCGAUAUGAUGGAUGUUCCAUAUGACAUCUUGCAAACACGCCAAAUUCUUUCUGGGCGUAGAUAUGGAUUUACAAAUCCUGUUUCCAUACGCCGGAUGGGUUUUCUCUACUUGACGGAUCAACGAAACCACUAUGCCUCUCAAAAUAAUACAAAUUUCUUUGACCGUUUCUAUCAAGCUGCUAGAGGAAAGCAAGUGCAGUUGCCACAAAGACGUGAUGAAUUUGAAAUUCAUGCCGACAGAAACUUGGACAAUACUCUUCGAGAUUAUUUGGGCGAAUGUAAGCGACGUCAAUAUGAAUUCAUUCUCUGUGUGGAAAAUUGUCGGAAUCCGCAAGUGCACGAAACUUUCAAAAGAAUUGCGUAUCACGAAUAUGGUAUUCCCACCCAAUGUGCAAAUUUCUCGAAAAUUAGUCGUCCAAACAAUCUAAGAAGUUACUGCGACAAUCUUCUUCUGUCAGUCAAUGCUAAACUGUACGGUGAGAAUAAACAAGUUGCUGAGCUACAAACUGACGUUAGGACAAUGUACAUUGGUGCCGAUGUUCUUCAUUCGAAAAACAACUAUAGAGGUGAAUUACCAUCGAUAGCAGCCGUCGUUGCUAGUAUGAAUUCGGAUUGUACGCAAACAGCUCAGCGUGUAUCUCAACAGUGGCCCGUUGAGGGAAGACAAUCUGAAGAAGCAAUUUUAUUAUUGAAAGAUAUGGUCAUCGAACUUUUAAGAGCUUAUCAGGAUAUGAAUCAGGGUAUGCUUCCAAAACGUGUUGUUGUCUAUCGAGAUGGAGUCGACGAUGGACAAUUGGAACGCGUUCGAAACGAAGAAGUAACUGCUCUAAGAAAUGCAUUCGAAGCUGUUUAUCCACCAAAGGCAACCCGUCCCGAUCUCACGUUGAUUGUGGUGAAAAAACGUCACCAUACUCGCUUCUUUCGACAAAUAAAACCAUCGCGCGAAAUCAUGAAUGUUGAAUCCGGCGUCGUAGUAGACAGUUGCAUUGUCAAUCCAUAUUAUCCUAACUUCUUCCUGAACUCGCAUAAACCAGCAUUAGGAACGAAUAAGAUCGGUAACUAUGUCGUGCUGGUCAACGAUACAGAGAGUCCUUUGGUAGAUCUUGAAGAAUUAACUUAUUCUCUCUGCCAUGCGGAUCAACGUAUUGGUAGUCAGCUAAGUGAAUCAAUUCCAAGUGUUGUACAUCUAGCUGAUGCAGCCGCAAAUAAUUCAAGGCAAUUAUUUGUUAGUAAUAUAAGACCAGCAAAUGGACCACGCGCAAGAAUUUUAGAAGUUCACGAUGAUGUUCAGAAUGCACCAAACAUGUUUUAG